AUGAGCGAAGAGCUGAGCGCUGAGGAGCGCCAAAUCAAUGAGGAGCAUCGAAUAUGGCGCAAGAAUACCCCGCUUCUCUACGAUCUCGUCAUGUCGCACGCGCUCGAAUGGCCAUCACUCACCGCUCAAUGGUUGCCAGACACGCAAAAGGUUGAUGGUCAGGAUUACACGGUGCAUCGUCUCAUCCUCGGCACUCACACCUCCGACGAGCAAAAUCACCUCGUUAUUGCAAAGGUUCGAAUCCCGAACGAGGAUGUGCGCGUGGACGCGAAUCGUUUCGAUUUUGAUCAUUCUGAGUUCAACGGUUUCGGAAGUCAAGCGGGAAAGAUCGAUAUCGAACAGCGCAUCAAUCACGAUGGAGAAGUGAACCGAGCUCGCUAUAUGCCCCAGAAUCCGCACAUCAUAGCCACAAAAUCGCCUAACACUGAGCCGACGCUCAAACUUCGCGGACACACAAAAGAAGGCUAUGGUCUCUCGUGGAAUCCGAAUUUGGCGGGACAUCUCCUCUCGGCAAGCGACGAUCAAACGGUGUGCCUCUGGGAUAUCUCAUCGAAUGUCAGCGGUGGAACGGCUGCCGGAUCUUUCGUCGACGCAAAGAACAAAUUCCAUGCCCAUCAAUCGGUGGUUGAAGAUGUCGCCUGGCACGUGUUGCACGACUCGGUGUUCGGAUCGGUCGGUGAUGACAAGAAGUUGAUGAUCUGGGAUACUCGCUCAAACAACACCAAGACGCCAGCACAUACAGUUGACACAAACACAGCCGGGGGAGUAGACUACCUCUCCUUUAAUCCAUACUCGGAGUUCAUCUUAGCUACUGGAUCUGCUGAUAAGACUGUUGCACUUUGGGAUCUCCGUAACCUCAAAUUGAAGCUUCAUUCGUUCGAGUCGCACAAGGAUGAGAUCUUCCAGGUACAAUGGUCUCCCCAUAACGAGACAAUCUUGGCCUCAUCGGGCACGGAUCGUCGCCUACAUGUGUGGGAUUUGAGCAAGAUUGGCGAGGACCAAAGCCCUGAGGAUGCCGAGGAUAAACUUCUAGAACUGCUGUUGCUUCACGGAGGGCACACGGCAGAAAGAUCUCCGACUUCUCGUGGAAUCCAAAUGAGCCGUGGGUUGUCUGCUCGGUCAGCGAAGACAACAUCAUGCAGAUCUGGCAAAUGGCUGAGGAUAUUUGCAAUGAUGACGAUGGAGAUACGUCUAAUGAUCAACACUAAGACCCGAAUAAAA